GACUGCGGGCACCGAGUCAACUGGCGGAACAGCGGGCAUCGAGUCAACUGGCGGAACAGCGGGCACCGAGUCGUCUGGCAAGACUGCGGGCACCGAGUCGUCUGGCGGAACAGCGGGCAUCGAGUCAACUGGUGGAACAGCGCGGGCAUCGAGUCAACUGGCGGAACAGCGGGCAUCGAGUCAACUGGCGGAACAGCGGGCACCGAGUCAUCUGGCAUUGGAUUGUCUGGCUCGACAGCGGGCAUCGGGCCACCAGGCAUCAGGUCAUUUGGCUCGCCAGCGGGCACCGCGUCAUCUGGCAAGGCAGUGGGCACCGAGUCACCAGGUACGACAGCGGGCUCUGAGUCAAUUGGCACGACAGCGGGCACCGGAUCAGGUACCGGAUCAUCUGGAUCAACAGCGGGCAUCGAGUCAACUGGC